CUUGCUCAACGUUUACCCUAGUUCAUCAUCUCUUCUGGUUCCGCACAUAUCACCAUGAUCUUCCAGCACUUCAUACCUCAGUCAUUACCUUCCAACCUGUUGUCCUUACUUGUUUUAUUAUCUUCCACAGUUCUUGUAACAGCGGAAGACUUUGAUUGUCAUUAUGUGUCGACUGGAGGGUCGAAAUGGGACCUGACGCCGCUGAAGGGCUCGCACACAGUGUCCAGGACACGAGACUCGCCGCCUACAACUAUGGUCGAUGAACUCAGAUUCAAUUUGUGCAAGAACUUGAAACCAAUGCAUGGUGUGUCAGAUGAUGAACAGUGCCCGACUGGAACAAGGGCAUGUUUGAGGAAGAUAAACAAGAAAUCCGAGUCUACAGACCGGGUGAUUGCUGUCAUACCUGUCGCGUCGACAUCCGACAUUGAGCCAGUACUCUCACAGCUUGAUUCGCCGAAAGGUCUCUCUUUGACAUUUAGCGGAUCCCGAUACCCCUCCUCCUCUGAUGCUUUACAAUUCAUCAAUUUCUCUCUCUUUUGUGCCGACGAUGCAGACCCCAAAGCAGACCCCACAUUCGUCUCAUAUGAGAAUGGAGUAGUACGUGUCGAUUGGAGUUCACCCGCAGCGUGUGCUUUACCGGAUGAUCAACCUCCUCCACAAACCCCUCCACAAGCCCCACCAGAAGAUGAGGAUGACGAAGACACGCCUGCGGAUGAAGGCGGUGGAGAGAGCGACGCGAAACCAGCGAAGAGAGGCAGUGGACUUGGGUUCUUCUUCCUUGUCCUCCUACUAGCAUUUGCAACAUACUUCAUACUAGGUGCAUACUACAACUAUUCCACAUAUGGUGCUCGCGGCGUGGAUCUUAUACCACAUCGAGAUUUCUGGCGCGAAGUGCCAUACAUGUUGCAAGACGUUGUAUCUCAUCUGUGUUCAACGGUUCGACCACAACGGUCGACUCGUGGAGGGUAUAUUGCCGUAUGAUGAUCACGUUCUGUUUUCUGGGACAUCUUUCUAUUCGAGUGUUUCAGAUUUAGACAUGGUACAUGCAUUUUGAUUUAAUUACCCUAACGCCUUACUACUGCGAAACUACGCUGGAAACAGAAUGGAGGUGCGAGGUGAUUAGAGAUGUAAUGUCGUUCUGAAAUCGAUUCAGAUGGAAUUCACGAGGUCCGGUUAAAUUUUAGUAAUGUUGCUGGGAACAACGCAGCGGCUGUCUCACUGAGUAGCUCCUAUGGCCCAUCGGUUUUUAUUUACCCCUCGCUGUAACACCACUGACUUUAAGGCCUGUUAUAGCUCGAGCGCCUAUUUGAAUUUGGGGGCUAGAGGCCCAUCAACAGCCGCCCCUCGGACAUGUACCCGUAGUCCGCAGGCAUUUGUUGUGAUUUGAGCUAUUGAC